CCAUCGUUUGGUGACCUCGAGUACUGGAACACUCGCUUCACCAAAGAGGACACAUUCGAGUGGCUGGCCGAUUUUGCUGUUCUGGAACCUUGGUUGAAGCAAGCUAUCGCUGAGAGAUCUGGAUGCAAAAGCAGGCCGCAAGUAUUGCACAUUGGAUGCGGAUCUUCUGCUUUAUCGCUGCAAGUACGAGAUCUGGUGGACUCGCCAACGCAAAUCCAUAAUGUGGAUUACUCGGACGUGGUGAUUGAGAGAAAUCGUCAACGCGAGAAUGAAAUGCUUCGCUCUUUGGGAGUUCAAAGCGAGCCGUGUCGCUGGUCAAACUUGGAUUUACUGUCGGUUUCGCAGAUCCUGGACUUUGGGGGUCCUGAGUACGAUGUGAUCAUCGACAAGUCCACGUCAGACGCCAUAUCGUGUGCUGCAGACGUGUCAGUCAGAUUGCCAUACUGCGUCAACGCCAUCAGUUCCGGUCGAAUCUCUCACCAAACGGAAGUGACUGUCUAUCCACUGGAUAUCCUGGCCGUCCACCUGGCUUACCUCGCAAGACCUGGUUGUUCAUGGAUUGUACUCAGCUACUCCGCCUCCCGCUUUUCAUAUCUGAAAGACGAGGUUGCCACUGAAGGACUGCCUCGACCUGGUGAGCUCUGGAAUCUGGAAAGGCACGAGAAGAUUGAGCAGCCGCCUGAUCCAAACGACACUGUUCACAGACCUCCGGUCAUGCAUCAUCUGUAUGUUCUGCGUCGUACAGAG